AUGCCGCAGCUUGUUGAGUCUGAGAACCUUCCUCCAGCUCCAUAUAACGGCGGGGACACGGUCUUCAAAAACGCCACCCUGCGCCAGACAGUCUACAUCACUCAAGAUGCCUCGACCAUCCGGCUGAGCUUCAGCAACGCCUUCGGCGGCUCUGAGCUGCCGAUCACCGCAGUCACCGUCGCCCUGCCCGCAUCUAGAGCAGGGGCGGGGGCCGGCUCCGGCGCUAUCAAGCCUGGGACCAUCAAGACCGUCACCUUCUCAGGAGGCCAACCAGACUUUCUCGUUCCCAACGGCGCCGUGGUCGUCUCGGACCCCAUCAAGUUUCAAGUCAAGGCCCAAUCCGUCCUGACCGUCACGCUCUACCUCGCCUCCGGCCAGGCCGGCCAGUCCAUCACUGGACACCCCGGCAGCCGCACGACCAGCUGGCUUGCGCCGGGCAACCUCGUUUCUGCUGCCAACUUGUCCUCCACCGCUGGAGUAGCAAGCACCGACCACUGGUAUUUCCUCUCCUCCAUCGAGGCCUACCAGCCCGAGCGUGCCUCCGCCCUCUACCUUGUGGGCGACUCCAUCACCGACGGCCGCGGAUCCACCACCAACGCCAACAACCGCUGGCCGGACCAGCUUCUCGCUCGCCUUCAAAAAGCCGGUCGUCGUUCGCUGUCAUCGAUCUCCGUCAUCAAUCAAGCCGCCGGCGGGAACCGCGUCCUAGCCGACGGUCUCGGCCCCAAUGCCCUCGGCCGCAUCGAGCGCGACGUUCUCGCCCGCCCUGGUUCCGGGGUUCGCUACGCGCUCAUCUUGGAGGGGGUAAAUGACAUCGGUACCGCACCCCUCGAUCAGGUCUCCCAACAAUCCGUCGGCGACCGACUGAUCUCUGCCUACGAGCAGAUGAUCACUCGCCUACACUCCCACGGGAUCGCGGCGUUCGGGGCAACCAUUACGCCUAUGAGCGGGCCGGGACAGGCGUAUGGUGAACCGGAGAGGGAGAAGACGAGACAAAGGGUCAAUGAGUGGAUUCGGAGGAGUGGAAGGUUUGAUGCGGUGGUGGACUUUGAUAGGGCUGUGAGGGAUCGGGGGAAUAAGACGAUGCUGGAUGAGAGGUGGGACAGUGGGGAUCAUUUGCAUUUGAAUCCGGAGGGGUAUCGGGUAAUGGCAGAGGCGGUGGAUUUGGAGAUUUUUGAGAGGUUUGCUGAUGGGGUGGAUAGGUAUUUGUAGACUUGUUGGCGAGUGGUGGGUCGGUAGGCAGUAGUUGGAG